UACAUGUAUAGAUCCUCAGGCGGCGGUGGGCGAGCGGUAUAAUCAGCACGCGUGAGUUGCGGCCUUCCGCAGUGUAGCUCCCGGGGUACAGGUUUUAAAAAGCAGCUAACCUAACUGCAAACAAGUUAGUCCAGUUCGGUGUUGCAAGGGGUUGGUGUCGAUGUGUGUGUGUACAGUCAGCCAAGCUAGCUACCCGCUGCUCGCAGUGACAAGACUUUGCUAAAAGUCGGUCAGGCGAGCUCUGAGCGCUGUGAGAUAGCCAAUCCUUUUGCAGCUGUGGUUCCCUCGUGUAACUCAGCGGUUAGCUCUUUUUGACUUCAUUGCCAGCUCCAGGAUUGACUUUUUGACAAGCGUUAAGUGUGAAAGUUUUAUGCCGGUACUCGGUAGAGGUUGCGGCGUCUAUAUAGCUCUUGUCGUAAACUUUCUGCGGCGGCAACGCUUGUCCGUGCAACCUGUGCAGCCGAACUUUCUUUGGAAAGGAGGUACACGCUGACUGUGUGGCUGAGAACCAGCAAAGUCUUGUGUAACGCCCGGAAUGGAGGCGGUACGAAGAGUUCUGGUGAGGCUGGCGUGUCUAUGCCUGGUGGUACUGACGACGGGGGCCCUGGCUCAAGAGCAACUCCCACCUCCUGGGGCACCACUCGGCCAAGGGCCGGAGGAGCCGAUCCCGCAAGUGGCCCAAGGCGGCCAGUACAGAGUCAUCAGUGGUCCCAACGUCUGUGGACGUAGGUUAUACGCAUAUUGCUGUCCAGGUUGGCAACUACAUCCCGGUUUACAGCAGUGCACAAAGCCCAUCUGCAGUCGGGUAUGCUCGUCAGGCUAUUGCCGCACCCCAAAUACGUGUCUAGGGCAAGGCUGUCCAUACGGAGGGAUAAACUGUGAUGGGGUUGGUGCUGACCCGUUGGGUGUAGGGGAUGAAAUUGUUGACUAUGGUGGCGUAGGUGGUGAUUACGGGCUCCCGCAGCUGCCGGGGCAGCCGCCAUUUUGUGGCGAUACCGGGUGUGUGGAGUGCCCACAAGGUUUCACUGGUCCCAACUGUGACGUGCGGCUGGAUGGCCAAUACCCGGGGCCGGGGCCCUUGCCUGGUCCUGGCCCUUUCGAUCCAAUUUGUAACCCUGAGUGCCUGAAUGGUGGCAGGUGUAUCAGUGGCAACAGGUGUUCUUGUCCCAUCGGAUUCAUGGGAACCAGGUGUGAAACUGACUUCCGUACCGGACCGUGUUAUGCUCAGUUCAACCUGGGCGUCUGCACGGGGGAAAUCUCCGGGCUGCAGUGCACCAAGGCCCUGUGCUGCUCCACCAUUGGCCAAGGCUGGGGUUCGAAUCCCUGCGAGGCUUGCCUCACUUUUGAGAGCCCUUGUGAGAGGGGAUUUGUCAUUGAUGCGCGGACUGGCCAGUGCACAGAUUCCAAUGAGUGCCACGUUAUACCGGGACUAUGCCAGGGUGGCACUUGCACCAACACCAUCGGGUCCUACAUCUGCGAAUGUCCGCAAGGCUUUGCCCUCAACCUACUCACGCAAGGAUGCGAAGACAUUGAUGAGUGUGUUACUAUCAGCAACAUCUGUUACGGUGGAGAUUGUCGCAACACCCAGGGAGGGUUCCAGUGUGUCUGCAGACCAGGCUUCACACUGAGCCAAGACGGGACAAGCUGUUACAUAUCUGGAGGAGGCGACAUUAACGAGUGCCUGACCGUCCCAAACAUCUGCGCUAAUGGGCAGUGCCGGGACACUCGUGAAGGUUACCAGUGUAUCUGUCCGGCUGGCUACACUCUGAGCCAAGACGGAAUGAGGUGUAACAGAGGAACUGGACCAGUCCCAAUUAAUGAGUGCGUCACCAUCCCCAACAUCUGUUCUGGUGGAGAGUGCCGUGACACCCAAGAAGGCUUUCUGUGUAUCUGCCGCCCCGGCUACACUCUCAGCCAAGAUGGGAUGAGCUGCUAUAGACAAACUGGACCAGUUGACAUCAACGAGUGUAUUACAAUCCCCAACAUCUGUUCCGGUGGACAGUGCCGCGACACGCAAGCAGGCUACCAGUGUAUCUGCCCAGGGGGCUACAUCAUGACCCGAAACGGAAUGAUAUGUAACCCGGGAAGUGGAGGAGGCGACAUUGAUGAGUGCGUUACCAUCCCCAACCUAUGCUCUGGUGGAGUGUGUCAAAACACCUACCAAGGAUUCCAGUGUAUCUGCCCAGCCGGCUACACUGUAAGCCAAGAUGGCAUGACCUGUUCUUCUGGAGAAGGCGUGCCCGCUCGGGGUCUCUGCUUUAUAAAUUACGACCAGUCCAGCGGGAAGUGUUCGUCUGAGCUGACUCGCAUCAUGUCGCUCAAAGACUGCUGCUGUUCACUGAGUGUGGCCCAGGGUUACGGCUCCAACAGGGAAUCAUGUCAGGCUUGCCCGAGAAGAGGAACAACUACCCACAGGACCCUGUGCUUCACCCCGUCCAACAUCACCAACUUCUGCAGUCUGAAUCCCAACAUCUGCACCAACAGCAACUGCGUGUCGCUCGGGGACACCCGCUACCGCUGCGAUUGCAAAGAAGGGUUCCGCCGACAGACGCAGAAUAUCUGCAUUGAUAUUAACGAGUGUUCUGAAUCCGGACGAUGUGUCAAUGGUGAAUGCCAAAACGUCCAGGGAUCCUACUACUGCGACUGUAACCCUGGAUUUGAGCUUGCUGACGAUAGGAUAUCGUGCGUUGAUAUCAACGAGUGCGGUCUGGACCCAAAUGUCUGUCUUCACGGAACGUGCCAGAACAGAGUGGGCUCCUAUGAAUGCCUGUGCUUCCCUGGCUACAAGCUCUCUGUGGACUCUAAAUACUGCGUUGACAUCAAUGAGUGCAGUAGCCGUGGCAUAUGCAUCAAUGGGGAGUGUGAGAACCUCGGUGGCAGCUAUCGAUGUGUGUGUAGAGACGGCUUCAGGGAAUCCUCACAGCCUGGGCAGUGUAUCGACAUCAACGAGUGUGAAGAGGGUCAGCUGGAACCUUGCGGCAGGAUGGGAGAUUGCGUCAACACCCAAGGAAGCUACCGCUGCCAUUGCCCGAUGGGUUACACUAUGGGCAGCGGUGGAUGCGAAGAGAGCCGUCACGCCUACUGCUCCCUGCACAGCCGGGAGGGCCAGUGCACCGUCCGAUCCACCAUCCAGGUCACCAUCUCCCAGUGUUGCUGCAACGUCGUCACCAUGGAGAACUCGGCAGGCUGGGGGCCAACCUGUCAGCCCUGCCCAUCCCAGGGAACCAUGCAGUGGGAGAAGAUGUGCUCCCAGGGGCCGGGACGAGAUAGUCUGGGCGUCAAUAUCAACGAAUGCAUGCUGUUCAGUGACCUGUGUGCCAAUGGUAUGUGUGAGGACCUGGUUGGUAACUACCACUGCCGCUGCAACGCUGGUUUCGAGCCUGAUGUAACGGCGAAAGAUUGCAAUGAUAUCAAUGAGUGUUCCAUCAACCGACUGCUGUGCAGCGGCGGCGCCUGCCGUAACUCCCCAGGAAGUUACACCUGCGAGUGCCCCGAGGGCUACGAGUUUGACAUCGCCAGCAUCCAGUGCAGAGACAUCAACGAGUGCUUGCGUGACAGCCAGUGCCUCAACGGCCGAUGUCAGAACACUCCGGGCAGCUACCGCUGUGAGUGCGUCAUAUCUGGCACCUCCCUGGAUGAGUCCGGCAGAUCCUGCAUCGACAACCGCCUGGGCACCUGCUGGACUGAGAUCCGGUCAGGCCGCUGCGAGUCGGACAUCAUGGGCCUGAUGAGGAAGUCUGAGUGCUGCGCCACCUUUGGCCAGGCCUGGGGAAGCCCCUGCGAUGCCUGCCCAAUGUCCCUGGGUGAUUGCCAGAGGGGAUACACCUUGAAGAACGGCAAAUGCGAAGACAUAAAUGAAUGUGAGCUGAACCAGAUGGUGUGCCAGAACAGUGAAUGCCAGAACACCGUAGGCUCCUUCAGGUGUGUCUGUGAACAAGGCCUCUCAUUGGACACCACCGGAAGAAAUUGCAUUGACCUGAGGAGUUACCAGUGUUUCCUGGACUACUCGGAGGGCCAGUGCCACGAUCCCAUCCAGGGACUGUACCGCAACGCCGUCUGCUGCUGCUCCAUGGGCAAAUCUUGGGGUAGCCAAGGCCAGUGCUACGGCUGCCCGCUACCAGGCACAGCUGAGUACAAUUUACUGUGCCCAAGAGGUCCCGGCUAUGCUGACACCAGGCCAUCCCCAGAACUAGUGGAUGGAUCCACCGUGACUAUCGAUAUCAACGAGUGUAAUACCUUCCCUGACGUCUGCCGCAAUGGUAUCUGCCGUAACAUGAUUGGCAGCUUUGGCUGUGAGUGCGACAUGGGAUACGCCCUGGACCAGUACAACUACCACUGUGUGGACAUCGAUGAGUGCCGUAUUGCAUUUGGUGCCUGUGGCAACGGAACCUGCGAGAACCGUCCUGGUGGCUUCAUGUGCAACUGCAACUCUGGUUUUGAGACAUCCAUGAUGAUGCAGAUGUGUAUAGAUAUUGAUGAGUGUUCUGUCGUGGCCGGCAUCUGUCGUGGUGGUCAGUGCAUCAACAUGGUGGGCUCAUUCCAGUGCCUGUGUCCUCCAGGCCAGGAGCUCUCAGAGGAUGGACGCAUUUGCAAAGAUAUCGACGAGUGCUCUCGAGGUAACGAUGUUUGCUCCAACGGUCACUGCAUGAACAUGGUGGGUGGCUUCCGAUGCAUGUGUAAUCAAGGCUUCAGACCCAGCAUGAACUUCAAGUCCUGUGAAGACAUGGAUGAGUGUAGUAUGGAUAACGGUGGCUGCGAGCAGACCUGCGUCAACACGCCUGGCAGCUAUCAGUGUGUCUGUGACAUAGGCUACGGUCUGAUGCACGGACAGAGGCACUGCAGGGAUAUCGAUGAGUGUUCAGAGAGCGUUGACAUCUGUGGUGGAGGCAUCUGUGAGAACAGCCUAGGCUCUUACAGCUGUACCUGCCUGGAAGGCUUCCGAAUCUCCCCUGACUACUCCAGUUGUCUGGAUAUUGAUGAGUGCACGAUGGCGGACGACAUAUGCGGAGCGGGUACUUGCAUCAACACCCAGGGAUCAUACAACUGCCGCUGUGAUGAAGGCUAUGCUAUCCAAGGCUCAUUCCUCAGCUGUCUGGAUAUUGACGAGUGCACCAUGGGUGUCCACAACUGCGCCAUGCACUCUCAGUGUGUCAACUCCCGCGGCUCCUUCCGUUGCCAAUGCAAUGCCGGAUUCUUCCCGAACUUUGAUGCUUGCAUUGAUAUUGAUGAGUGUGCCACGCAGAUCCAUGAAUGCGACCGCGAGAAUGCUGUCUGUAUGAACACGGAGGGAUCCUAUGAGUGCAUCUGUAAUGAAGGCUUUGCAGGCGAUGGACUGGCAUGCAGUGAUGUGGAUGAGUGCACAAAAAACCCAGACCUGUGCCCCAACGGUCAGUGUCUGAACACCCCGGGAUCCUACGAGUGUGACUGUGACAUGGGAUUCCUACCAACAGAUAACAGGGAUGAUUGCGAGGAUAUUGACGAGUGCACCAUCUCCUUCAUUUGUGUCUUUGGCAACUGCAUCAACGUGCCGGGCACAUUCCGCUGUGAAUGCAUGGAAGGAUACCAGCUGGAUGCUGGAGGCGCCAACUGCACAGAUUUGGAUGAGUGUCAGCAGCCAGAUACGUACUGCGUCAGUGGCCAAUGCACCAACAGCAUCGGCAGCUACACCUGUGAUUGCCCAAGGGACUACACCCUCACCCCUGAUGGCUCUGUCUGCUUGGAUGAGAGGCGCGGCCUGUGCUAUGCCAACAGCCCUGACCGCGGUGACCUGGCCGGGUCGACUUGCACCACCAUCCUAGGCCGUGACAUCACCCACUACGAGUGCUGUUGCACCCUGGGAACUGGAUGGGGCGAUCCCUGCGAACCGUGUCCAGCUACAAACUCCACUGAAGGACAACUGCUGUGCCCCACCGGUCCCGGCUUCAAACCCGUUCCCAAGCCUGACGGACCGGACGGUCCCGAUGGCCCUGGAGGUCCUGACGGUCCAGAUGGCCCAGGGGCUACUGUCAGCCCAGGAGGUCCCGAUGGUCCUAUAAUUCCCCCUGAUUUAUCCGAUGAUAUCGACGAGUGUAUGAUCUUCUCGUUCCUGUGCGGUGGAGGACGGUGCGUCAACACCCUAGGAAGCUACGUGUGUGUCUGUCCCCUGGGCUACACUCUGGACGAGGACACCAGAUCCUGCAGGGACAUCAAUGAGUGUGAACUGAGCCCCUACAUCUGCGGCGCAGGUACCUGCAUGAAUACCAUUGGGAACUAUACCUGUAUGUGCCCGCCCGGAUUCAUGCUGAUGGAUAUGUUCAAUGGACGCAAUUGCAUGGACAUGCGUCAGUUGCCCUGCUACCAUGAUUACAAUGACACUGCCCAGCCUCAGUGCAGUUCCUCCUACGGCAUGAACCUGACCCAGAAGAUGUGCUGCUGCAGCGGGCUGCAGGGAGCAGCCUGGGGGGUCUCGCCUUGCUCCAAAUGCCCAGAUAUGUUCACAGAGGAGUUCCGUAUCAUGUGUGGCAUUGCACCUGGAUUCUUCAUCGAUCCAUUCACUGGACUUCCAAAAGAUAUCAAUGAGUGUGAGGUGUCCGACCUGUGUCUGAACGGAGCUUGUAUUAACCUGGAGGGGACGUUCAGAUGCGAUUGUCGACUUGGCUAUCGGUACGAUCCCAUCAAGUACCAAUGUGUUGAUAUUGACGAAUGCAAUGAGGGCAUGUCCUUCUGUCGAAGCAAUGCCAUCUGCAGGAACACCAUCGGCAGCCACGUGUGUGAGUGCAGGGCAGGCUACACUUUAGCCUCCAACAACGUGGCAUGCAUCAACAUCAAUGAGUGCCAGGACUCUCCAAACAUCUGCGGACGGAACGGCCGCUGCGUGGACACCAUGGGAUCCUAUCGCUGCGAUUGUAACAUCGGCUUCGCUGCUUCGUUUGACGGCAAGUCAUGCGACGAUAUUGACGAGUGUCAACAGCGUAUUGGCAACAUUGGAGUGUGCGGCAACGGCACCUGUCGUAACACGUUCGGCUCCUAUGAGUGCGAGUGCUUCGGUGGCUACGAGCUGGGACAGAAUAAGGACUGCGUCGAUAUCAAUGAGUGUAUCACCGGUGUUGGGGCGUGUUUCAACGGCCGGUGUGUCAACAUCCCUGGGGGUUUCUACUGCGAUUGCUACACUGGAUUUGAGCCGUCUUUCACCGGCGAGACCUGCGAAGACAUUAACGAGUGCGUGAAGCAGCCGUUCCUGUGCCCCGGCGGCCGAUGCCAGAAUCUGAUUGGCUCCUUCCAGUGUGUCUGUAACGACGGUUAUCUCUUGGCACCCAACGGACAAGAAUGCCUGGAUAUUGAUGAGUGCGCCACCUUGACCAACCCUUGCCUGGACGGCAUCUGCAGGAACACCCAGGGAAGUUUCAUCUGUGAGUGCCAGCCUGGCUACAUGCCCACCAGCGACGGUUUGACAUGUCUGGACAUGCGUGAAUUGUCCUGCUUCACCGGCUUUGAGCGAGGCCAGUGCAUCGACCCGCUGAUGGGCAAUCACACCCUGACGGCUUGCUGCUGCAGUAUGGGCUUCGGCUGGGGUAAUCCCUGCGAGAUCUGCCCUCUACCUCAGUCUGGGGCCUACGCGGACUUGUGCAAGAAGGGCCCUGGCUACGCCCCGGUCAUCUUCCCGGACAUCUUUGAGGAUAUCAACGAGUGCAAGCAGUUCCCCGACAUCUGCAGCAACGGCUACUGCGUCAACAUGGAUGGCUCCUUCCGCUGCGAGUGUGACCUGGGUUUCGUCUUGGAUGCGACCGGCCACGCCUGCAUUGACGUGGACGAAUGCGACAACACACUGAGUGCCUGCGGUUACAAUUCCACCUGCGUCAACACGGCCGGUUCCUACGAGUGCAUAUGCGGUGAAGGAUUCCAGCAGGGACGCAACGGAAAAUGCCACGAUAUCGAUGAGUGCCGUCGGGACCGUGACUACUGCGCCUUCCGCUGCCAGAACCUCCCUGGGUCCUUCCGCUGCAUCUGCCCCCACGGAUUCGUCAUCACCGAUGAUGGUAGACACUGCAGAGAUUUGGACGAGUGUCAGACCUCGGCCAACAACUGCCGCUACAUGUGCAAGAACCUGAUUGGCAAGUUUAUGUGCACGUGCCCGGAGGGCUACACAGUCAUGGGCGGCAAUGGAAACAUGUGCAAAGAUGUCGACGAAUGCUUGGACAACCCGUGCAGAAAUGGUCGGUGUAUCAACAUGGAAGGAACCUACAGGUGUGACUGUAACACAGGAUACAUCCCAAGCAUUGAUGGCAAGCAAUGCAGAGAUCAGCGUACCGGCGUAUGCUAUGCCACCACAGAGGGAACCUGCACUGCACCAGCUAACACGGUACCGGUCGCCCGGGACUCGUGCUGCUGCAGCGGUGGGCUGGCCUGGGGCCCCCGGUGUGAGGAGUGCCCCUACUUUGCCACUCCUGCAUUCAACGAGCUGUGCCGAGAUUCAGGCACCCCGAUCAUGGACCCCUGCACCACCAUCAUUGGCCUGUGUGCCAACGGCCAGUGUAUCUCAGCCCAGGGUGGCUUCAUCUGUCAGUGUCAUACCGGCUAUGUGCUGACACCUGAUGGAUCGCGCUGCGUCGAUGACGAUGAGUGUAGCCGCGACAUCAAUCCCUGCCCCUUCAGCUGCAAGAACACAGUAGGAAGCUACACUUGCGGCUGCCAAGAUGGAUUCACUCGAGGCUUUGAUGGGGUUACCUGCGUAGAUAUCAAUGAGUGUGUGGUGGGAACUCACGAUUGCCAGUUUGAUUGCUUCAAUACCGUGGGUGGAUACGAGUGCCGAUGCCCUGACGGUAUGGCACCCAAGGAGGGCUCCUGUGUCCACGUCGACGUGUGCGCCGUCUCCCCUGAAGUCUGCGGACCCUACGGUACCUGCCGCACCACGGCAGAUGGCUACACCUGCGAUUGUCAGCGUUUCUUCACCCUGGACCCCACGGGCAAGAGAUGCGUGGAUAUUGACGAGUGCCAGACCCAACCUAACCGAUGCCAGUACGGCUGUCGUAACACCGUCGGCGGAUACCGCUGCAACUGCCCUGAUGGUUUCUCCCAGCACUACUACUGGAAUCGCUGCGUUGAUGACAAUGAGUGUAACCAGCCCGGUAUGUGCGGCCAGGCCAAUUGCUAUAACACUGAGGGCUCCUACCGCUGUGGAUGUGCUGGCGGCUACAACUUUGACCAACAGAACAUGGCCUGCUCAGAUGUCAAUGAGUGUUCCACUGGGUUCGGCGGUGGCUACCAGCCCUGCUCUUAUGGAUGUCAGAACAUACCCGGGAGCUUCACGUGUGGCUGUCCCCCAGGCUAUGUGACUGUGGCGCAGGGAGCCUGUGUAUCUACCUACGGACAGGGUAGUUACGGUCAGUAUGGGCAGACUCAACAGCAGACACCGUAUGGACAGACCCGCUACGGCCAGGGUGGACAACAGACUGGUUACGGCCAGACUGGUUACCAGCAGCAGUACGGCCAACAACAAUAUGGCCAACAACAGUACGGCCAACAACAGUAUGGCCAACAACAGCAACAACCACCCAGCCAACAAACGGGUGGGGUACAGAAGCCGUGCUACCACUGCCAGCGGAACAACGGCCGCAAGCGACGCGACGUGGACACCGCCUUGAACGAAAUCCCCGGUGACGAUGACAUCGUUGCCACUGCACUGUUGGAGGAAGAUCUGCGCAGUAACAACAGCACAGCCGAAGGUCCAACCAAUAGCACAGAGACCGCCGAGAACUUCCAGGGAGUCCACGCUGCGCCGGGCAAGGUGGUCUAUCUGAACGUCCCCAUCAAGAUGGCUCGCCGGCGGUUCCGCGUGGCCAAAUUCGUCACAGGCUACUCCAAGGACAUCGGCAGCAUGCACUACACGCUGGUCAGCGGCAAUGAGGACGGCUACUUCGUCAUCCAGGACAAGAAGGAAGGUGUGGCCCUGAUCCGCCUCCACAAGGCAAUCAAAGAGCACGCCAUCUUUAAGCUGGAGGUGGAAGGCAUCUUGAAGCCCAAGACGGAGGAGAUGGCCGAAGCGCUACCCGAGGAGCUAGAAAAGCCUGUCAUGUUUGAAAUUGAAGUGCACAUCGUCACAGAUUCAGAAUGAAGUCUUGACAAAAAAACAUGCAGCAACGUGUGAUGUUAUGGUGCUAUUUAACAUAGGUGCUGUAUAGUGUUAAGCUAUUGUUUCCCUUAGUACUGUCUUAACGUCUACAAUUUCGAUUUGAUUUCUAGAGUCAGAAACAUGUCCACGAGAAUCACCCUCUGUCAAUAUUUUCCUGUAAUUUUCCACCAUGCCUUUACAUUAGCUUAAACUUGUAGUCCAUGAUUUGUUUGUAUCCCAUUGUAGAAUAAAUGUAUGCAUUAAUGUCUUACAGUAGUUUAGAAAUAUUUAUAUUUAACCAGAAACGCUGAAUUUUUUUUUCAGAAAUGGACGACGGUACCGUAUUUUCCCCCCCCAAAAAUUGUAAAUAAGCUUUAAAACAUUCAUUAUUUAGACUUUUGUAUUGCUUCUUUUUAACUUUGUUAUAAAAAAACAGGGUAUCCCAUAUCUUGUUAGUUUUCUUGCAUCAAGCAUGUCUAGUCUAUUUCUUUUUUUUAUUAUUGUUAAUGCCUACUGAUUUGGAAAACUUAAUAUUAUAUGUUAUUUUAGUACAAAAGAAAUUGUACUUCAAUUCUCCAGUGUAGACACUGCCAAUUCUGAAUGUAAAUGUAGAGAGGCUUCAAAAUGUUGAGGAAAUCCAAAAUCUUUUUAGUGAGGGUAUUCAUUUAAAAGUACUGUUAUUAAAAAGACAUUCCUCUGAACACAAAUCCAUGUUUUUUUAGAAUUUGGAGUGAGUUAAGCAUGUGGUAAAAGGAUUAUUUAGCUGUCUAUUUGUAUUGUACUUUUUUUAAAGAAUAACAUGAGAAGGAGAAUUUAAAAAAACAAACAGUAAAAAGCAAUUGAAUAGCCAGGGAUACAUAGAAAAAAACAAUGAAUAAAACGUUAACCUGUGAAGUUAAGUAAACCAGGGUAUCGUGUGAUUCAAGAUUCACCAGGCCCAAUUUCAUGGCUCUGCUAACCACAGAAUUUCGUGCUUACGAUCACUAUUUUGUGCUUAGUGCGCUACUGAGCAGAAAAAUUCUGUGCUAACCCUGUAAGCACGGAAUCCAACAGUUCCUUGCUAACCCGGGAAAUACGCUUACCUUAAGCACGGAAUUUUCUGCUACAUUAAGCACUGUUUUUUCACAAACGUUAAGCAGAGCCAUGAAUUUGGGUGUUUUCUAGCUAGAAUUCUUUCAAGUUUCAACACAAAUGCUGCACUUUUUUUGUGUCAUGAUCUCUUUGUUGUUGAAAUAUCAGGAAUAACCGAUUCCUAUACAAGAAUAGCAUUCUUUGUAUUGUAUUUGGAUUUUGAUGUGCCUUUUUCAUAUAAUGGUUUGACCCAGAAAGGAUCAACAUAUGCAUUUACAUACAUGAUGUACAUGCCUUUCGCAAAACAUCGUUUAUAUAGACUACGUGCAUAAGUACCCCCUCAACGGUUACAAAGGGAGAGCUGGGGAGACCAGUGGGAGGGACAUUCCAACGCAUGACGCCAUGAUGCUCACACGGCGAUUCUAUUUGUUAAUGCAUAUUGAGGUCCAAGGUGUUAAAGGAAUCCAUCAGAAAACGCUCCUUGGAAAUACUUCCACAUUUAGAAACAUCAGCUGCAAGCAAUAUGCAUUGCUGACAUGUAAUUAUUUUGCUAAAUGUAACACAACUGGAUUUGCCAGUAAACCAAAUCCAUUCAUCCAUUUAUUUCAAAAAGUAGAUUCACUUUUCUCAAUCUGAAGUAAACUAGACAAUAGAAGUUUUUCAUGUAUUAACCAAUUUUUUGAACAAUGACAAAACAAUAGAGCACCUUUGGUUCGUCAGGUGUUUGGUUAUAUGCAUAUUCAAGUGAUGGAUCCAAAUAACUGAGUUUAGCUUGUCAGCUAACAAUAAUGUGUGUGUACAAUUAUGUAGUACUAAUUUUUUUCUAAUUGUUUAUCCUGGUUAAAUCUGAGAAAUCAAAAAAUAACUUUUGUAAAGAAUGAGGUGUAUUAAAGCAACCUUCGUAUCACAUCAAA